AAUUUAUAGAUAAAGGAUAGUUUGCCUCUUUUGAAGAAGAUAGUGAAGUAUCUCCCUGAGACUGAGGAGCCAUUGGAUACUGAAAUGAGAGAGAAAGGAGUAAUAGCCUGGGAGGAAUUCAUGGAGCUGGGAAAGGAUGUGAAGGAUGAUGUGUUAAGUGAUAGAGUGUCAGCCAUUAAACCAGGACACUGUGCCACUCUCGUAUACACAUCAGGCACCACUGGACCUCCUAAAGGUGUCAUGCUCUCUCAUGAUAACAUUAUUUUUGUCAGUAAAGGCAUGAACAGAAACUUCAAUAUCACUCCAGAGGAUAGGAUUGUCAGUUUCCUUCCCUUGAGUCAUAUUGCUGGUCUAAUGUCUGACGUGAUCAACCCAGCAAUCUCUGGUACUUUAGUUUGUUUUGCUCAACCUGACGCUCUCAAAGGAACACUGAGGGACACACUACUGGAAAUACAUCCUACAAUAGUCAUUGCUGUCCCGAGGGUUUGGGAGAAAUUCAAGGAAGCCAUUGAUGCUCAAUUUGAUCUCGUCCGAGGAUUCAAGAAAUAUAUCUUAAAGAAAUCAAUGAGAGUUGGUAGGAGGAGACAAGAGAACAGGGUUAGGGGGCGUGCCAGCUCUGUACUUGGAUAUAGAGUGGCUAACAGACUUGUUUUUAAAAAUCUGAGAGAGAAGCUUGGACUCGAUCAAUGCAGACUUUGUGUUUCAGGGGCUGCCCCGUUGCCUAAAUCAGUGAUUGAUUUCUAUGCUGGUUUUGAUAUUGCGUUACUCCAAGUUUAUGGAAUGUCUGAAACUUCUGCAGUAGUCACCAUAAACACUCCGGAUAAUUAUAAACCAAUCUCAGUUGGUCGGGCAUUAAAUGGAGUAGAACUUAAGAUAUUUGAUCCCGAUCCAGAGACUGGAGAUGGCGAGAUUUGUUUCCGUGGGCGUAACAUAUUUAUGGGAUACCUUGACAACGAGGAGAAGACAAAGGAAGCACUUGAUGAUGAAGGAUGGUUGCACUCAGGAGACAUUGGGAGAGUUGAUGGAGAUGGUUUUUAUUAUAUUACUGGUCGCAAGAAAGAGUUAAUAAUAACUAAAGGAGGAGAGAAUAUUGCACCAGUUCCUAUUGAAGAUUGUAUUAAAGAGGAGGUCCCUAUCAUUAGUAAUGUAAUGUUGGUUGGAGAUGAUAGGAAAUAUCUAACAAUGCUGGUCACUCUACGUGUUAAAUUUGAUGAGAAUCUUGCCCCAACUGAUGAAUUAUCUCUUCUUGUUGUAAACAUGUUGUCUCAGUUCAACUCCCAAUCUACUACUGUUACUGAAGCUAAAGAUGAUGAUAUUGUUAAGCAGUUGAUACAAGAAGGAAUGGAGAGAGCUAAUGAGAGGGCAAUCAGUAGAGCUGCACGUGUUCAGAAGUUCACUAUACUACCAGCUGAGUUCAGUAUUGAAGGAAAUGAACUAACUUCAACAAUGAAACUGAAGAGAAGUGUCACUGCUAAGAAAUAUAAAGAUGAAAUUGACAAGAUGUAUCCUGAGACAUAACAGAAACCAGAGGACAAAAGUUGAAGUAUUUAUUUAAACAUUGCUAUAGCAAAUUAUUACUGUCUUGCAUUAAGUUUAUUUCUUCAUUUAUGUUCUCCACUGCCAUUUCAUGCUUUUUAUUAUUUAAAAA